CUGCAGCGGGGUUUUAAACACGUGGUAGUGUAACAUGUUUGAAAACUUACAAUACCAACUUCUUGUUCCGAUUAUCAGGUUAUACUAACCUCGCUUUCGUGUUCCUUCUGAUUACUCUUUCGUCACGCACUCCACUUUGCACGCUCCCCUAGCACUCCGAGCAUCUUCAAUUUUGACGCGAAAGGCUAAAUAUUGCGUCAACUUUAGAAAUGACACUUCCUUAUGGAAUCCAAUCUACCGCUUUGCUAAAUACUUCAUAUAUUGGAAACACAUCGAAGCACGUGUCAGAAGAAUUCUUGUUUUUAGAAUCCAAGUGGGCUCAAGUAUUUACGGGAUUAGUUGCUUUUACUGCAAUUGUCAUUACCUGCCACCAAAUUUAUUUGCAUCUAAUUAAUUAUACUUGCCCAAAUGAGCAAAGAUGGGUCGUUCGAAUUUUAUUCUACGUGCCAAUCUAUGCAUUUGAGUCAUGGCUAAGCUUGCUUUUCCUAAAACAUGAAGAUUACUAUGUAUAUUUCGAUUCUGUACGAGAUUGUUAUGAAGCAUUUGUGGUCUACAGUUUUCUAAGUUUGUGUUAUGAAUAUCUCGGUGGAGAAAGUUGCAUUCUGUCGGAAAUUCGUGGUCGUGAGUUACCGCGAUCAUGGGGAUUUUGUACUUGUUGCUUUUAUAAUCAAACGUAUACAAUUGAGUUUCUGCGAUUUUGCAAACAGGCAACUUUACAGUUUUGUGUGAUUAAACCGUUGGCAUCGAUUGUAACUAUUAUUCUACAAGCUGUUGGCGUAUAUAAACAUGGAAUUUUCAGCUCUACAAAUGGCUACUUAUAUGUGACAGUAGUAUAUAAUGGAUCUGCAUUUGUGGCACUUUAUGCUUUACUUUUAUUCUACUUGGCUACUCGAAGCAUCCUACAACCAUUUGAUCCUGCAAUCAAAUUUGCUGUAGUUAAAUCCGUUGUAUUCUUAUGCUUUUGGCAAGGUAUUAUACUAGCUAUUCUAGAAAAAACUGAAGUUCUGCCCGCUUUGCCGAGUACGAACGCCGGUACAGUUGCAGCAGGCAUACAGAAUUUCUUGAUAUGCUUAGAAAUGUUAGUCGCCUCAUUUGCUUUACGCUUCGCUUUUCCCUCACAACUAUAUACUGAUGGAGUCGGAACUGGACCAGCAAAUAGUGGCUAUGAUAGUCUUGGUGGAGUCGGUGGUGAAGUUUCUCUUGAAUCCAAGAAGCGUGGAUUUCUACCGUCUUCUGAUUCUCUACGUAGUCUGCGGGAUACAUUCAAUCCUAAAGAUAUGUUUAAUGAUGCGAUCCAUAAUUUUCAUCCGAAUUAUCAAAAAUACACUCAACAACGUAACCUCAGUGAUUUCGAUGAUGAAACAAUCGAUUCUUAUCAAGGUAAUACAUUUAAUGGUAAUACUGAUCUAACUAAUAUUCAAUCAACAGUACCAGCUCCACCAAUACCACCACCACUAAGACCAUAAUCCAAUUAAAUGAUCUACUUUCACUAAUUGCUUUGAUAUUAAAGAAGCCGGAUAAUCUGUUUUGUUUUUGUUUCUCGUGGUUUUCUUUUUUUAUAUUUUCUUUAGUGUUAGAAAUUGUUUCCAUGUGUUUAUUUAUCAUGUAUAUCUAUCUAUGUGCGUGUGUGUUAUUUAUACUUGUGCUUUUACUUUAUGUUCAUAUCAAAUGAUCUUGUUGUUAUUCCUAUUUAAUUCUCUAUAGAUUUAUUUUAUCAUUUAUGAUUACAUGAUAGAUGAUGACCCAAGCAUUAUAGAUUUUUCUCUUUUCAUUUUUUGUAAUCAUUACUUUCGCAAAUCACUUAAUAUACACUAUGUCGUUUGACUAUUAUCUUUCCUAUUUAUCUCUCUAACGUUGUUUAUUUAUUAUUGUCUAGUCUAAACAAGCACUGCUCAUAUAUUUCAUACUACAGAUUAAUCGAAAGAUUGUUAUUAGGAAGGAAAUUUUACUGUACAUAAAUUAAUAUUUACUAGUAAAUAGAAUAGAAUAUUUUUCGUAUUCAUCUAAUCUCAUUUGACCAUUACCUACAGCGAAAGUUAUUUUUAGGCAUUUUUUGUCAUGUUUUUAAAAAAGAACUUGUUACUGCAUGCAUUUAAACUUCUUCCUCAGAACAUACAGUUAUUUAAUUCUUUCUGAUAUGGUAGUAUGUGAAUGAUUAUUAAUUCACCCCUUGACAAGAUUCAAUUUGUGGAUUAUUUGAGAAUAUCGUUUUGUUCGUCUCAUAUACUGUUCAUUUGUUUGUCUUCGUGUGUUUAUAUCCCCGUGUUUCUACCAUAACUGUAUGUGCUAGUAUGUAACACUGGCAGAUAUUGUUUUACUAGUAGAUUUAAUUUUUUGUUGUUUCGUCAUCGCUAUUAAUUUUAAUGUUAUUCUUCAUAAUAUCAACUGUGUGUAUUAUAUUAUUCAUUGUCUUCAUAAUAUAUAAAUUUGAACUAGUCAAUCAGAAGUUAUAUAAUGAGUACAUGACAUGUCUCUGGGUGUUCUGUCACAAAACUGUAAUUUAAUGCCUUAGAUUUUAAACAUAAGUCAUUUGUAUAGCUGAAUUAUUUGCUGAAAAUUUCUUACUGAUACCAAAUAAUUAAUAAAUUAUUCGAUUUCUC